AUGGCUGAAAUGUUCUGUUGCAGGUUUAGACUGCAGUCACACGAGUCUGUUUCUGUAACUUCUUGUGUAGAUGGUGGAACUGUGCACAGUGAAGUAGAGGAUAUUUCAGUGAGAUCUGAACUUUCAUCUUCUGGUACACCUUCAAAAAUCUGUAUAAUAAUAGAAUAUAAUUUAAAGUUGUUUAUAUAUAAAAUCACUACAAUUAUACAAAUAGAAUUGAAUUUUCUUGUUUCAGGAGGUAAUCAGCGAAAAAUGACGUCGAACGAGGACGGCGAUUUGAUCGAUCUCGGGAACGAGGUGUGCGUGCCACGGGCUCCGGUUUCCGAAUCGUUACCCGAUGAACAGGAGCAUCUUCUCGACGUGUGCCCGCCGAAAUUGGAAGAGACGCUUUCGUUGACCAGAAAGCAGGAACAAGUGCAGAGUGUGAACGACACCAGCGACGUACUGGUCACUUUGGGUCACGAUCAGGUGGUACCGAUUCGCAAGAGGAUCGACGUCGUUUCGUCCGACACGAUAAAAAGGGUGCGCGACAUCACCAGGAACUUGGAACCAGUUAUAAGGAAGACUUGCUCCGAUAUUAACGAGGAGCAUCAGGACACGGUCGAUCAUGGAAUCGCGUCGAAUCACGAGGACGGUUGUCGCUCCUCCGAGAGGCACGAGGACGAAACGUUCGAGGCACAGGAAAUCAACAAUGCUUUCAAUUUCCUCACGGAACACGAGGACAUCGAGGAUCAGUUUGAAACAGCUUAUGACCGACCUGACCCACUUGAGGAUCCUCAGCUGAUAUCGACGUCCCCUAAAAACGAAGAUCUGAUAAAUUAUCGCUAUGAUUCCUCGAGAAUGUUACGUUGGAAAGGUCCAGACAGUUGUUUUCCUCGAGAGGACACUGAGGACUCUGAUAAUCUGGCGUUCGAGUUAUCGUCAAAUGUGAACAAGCUGUGCGAUAAUACCUCGAGGAAGAUUAGGUGUUCUUCCAUUGAUCGUGAACUCGAAGCAGGGAGCAACACCGCUGUCAUUGAGAAACGUUGCGAGGACGAGACGUUUGGUCGAACGAUCGAAAGAGCAUCCUUUCAACGCGUGCACCGUAAAUCCUGGACCGAAGGAACCAGCUUUAUAAUUGACCCCAAAGGCACCUUUCCACGAUUCGAUAGGUCUAUUAGUCUGGGAGAGUAUAAUAGCGAGUCGUCGACAUCUGAUGCUGCUCAUAGACAAUCCGGUUAUAUUUCCAGGUUCUCGAGAGAGGAAGGAUUGGAUACGAAUCCGGAGGAUGGGUGUUCCGAGUGCUCGGAAGUAGACUGGUCGUGGCUGGAGGAAGUGGAGUGUCCACGGGCUGCGGAAGCAUCGUUAACACCCGUUGUGGUUGACACGGUUCAGGAGAACACAGAACAAGAUCGAGGGGGGAGUGCAUCCCCCACCAGGGAUAAUGCAAGGCGCAGGCGCGGCUGCGAGCAUCGUGCAACCGAUGCGGGCUGCAGUGCCGCGAUGUCCGUGUCCGGGACGGCAAAGUCCCUGGUGGUCGGUGGUUCGCGAUGGUCCGACGACCAACUGUCCGAUCGCGACGCGGAGAACGAUCACGAUCACGAUGAGGCGGUGCGUUGCAACGGGAGCAACGAGACCGUUGCUCGUGAGACACGCGACAAUGCCGCUGCCACGCUCGUUAAUUCUUGGGUGAGAGCCUCUAUGAGACGUCUGCGGCAUUUGAGAUUACCGGAGGGCAACGAGCGGCAACAUAGCUGCGAUUCAUCGAACAAUCGUCGUGGCGGUGUCGCGUCCGCGCCGAACUCUUUACCGGAUAUCGCGUUGAUCGCACCGGAGGUGCUGGCCGCGCAGACAAACGGCACUUCUGGGACCCUCCUCAGACCAUCGAGUGCUCCGGUCCGUAAUGUGAACAGUUCGAGCGUGGUGCCACCGCGCAGGGGUGGUAGACAGUUCAGGGGAAGUCGAUCGCAGGCCAGCGGAAACCGCGAGGUGUCAUCCAGGCAAAGCAGCGUUCUGUCCGGGACCAGCGGCAGCGAUACCACCACAUCGAGCACGACAACGUGUUCAAGCUCUUUUGACGGUGCUCCCACGAGUCCAACUUCCAGCACGGUGACUAGUCCGCAGCGUAUCGCUUCCAGACGGGUAUGCGAAAGGCAAAGAGACGUCGACAGAGACCAAGACAGAGGGGAGGACGAGGACGAAGAUGCAAAUCCAUUGGGAAAGUGGCCGCAUGCUCUUAGUCCUGCUUUGGCGUGCCUCAGUUGCACCCUUGGUCUCUUUAAUAUAAGUAGAUUCUCUAUACUUAGUAUACAAUUUGGAGCGAAUUUCAUUGUACAGUUCCUGAUUUUGUCUCUGGUACUGGGCAUUCCGCUUUUAACGUUGCACGUGUGCCUCGGGCAAAGACUAGCGGCUGGAUCCGUGGAUAUGUGGAAAAUCUCGCCCCUUUUUCAGGGUGUUGGUAUAGCUCUCCUAACUGCACAAGCGUUUAUCGGUAUCUACAGUAUCGUCGGUGUGUCUUGGAUGUUCGUCUACUUCAGGGAUUCGUUCAUAACGAAGCAGGACAAGUACCGAUGGGCGGAACCAUUCUCUUUGUACAGAGAGGAUAAACCUGCACAGAAUGCCAGCAGCCUAUAUAAACUGUACGAAACGGUGCCGGAUUAUUUUAGCGGGGUCGUUUUGCAAAGACAUCACUUGAACGAACCGGACCCUGGUGUCGUGACAUUGAAAUUUCAAGUAGCUUUUAACUUGGCCGUCGUGUGGAUGAUCGUGUUCGUUUCUUUGAGCAAAGGCUUGAGAUCUUACGGGAAAGUCGUUUACGUUUUCACGCUGGUGCCCGUGUUCGGUACUUUGGUUCUGUGCACGAAACUGCUUGGUCUCACACCACCGGGCUCUAUACACCAGCUGUUCCCCGCCACCGUUGGUACCGAGUUUUUCAUUAACGGAAAAUCGUGGGUGGCCGCGUCCAUCGAGGUUUUCCUCACCUGGGGAUUACUCGGUGCGGCCGCGAUGCAGAUAGCAGCCCACAACAAGCACAAGCAUCUGCUGCAAAGGGACACGAGCCUCGUGAUAGUGUUGACGAUAGUGGUUCUGCUUCUUGCUGCUUUUCUGGCGAAUACUUGCGUGCAGAUACUUAAGCAUCAUGGAUUCGUUUACAUUCCUAGUUCAUUCGAAAGAAUAUCGUCGUAUGUGUUUAUGAGGCCGGUAAACCAGCCAGCACCGCCUGGAUAUAGUAGCACGCCGGAAAGAUUUAUGGCCCACGCAUCGUUCAUUGUCGGGGAACGCGUGACUCGUCCCGGAGCGGAUUUCAGCGUGGAAGCUGGUUAUCAAGCAUUGAGACUUUCGACCGAAUUGGUUCCCGCGACAUUGGCACUGUUGGGAACCGAGCAAGUGUCGCCGUUCUGGGCUGUUCUCUUUUACUUUGUCCUGAUUCUAUUUGGAAUAGCUCAACAGUUGGCGAUAUGGCACUGCGUGAUAACUGGAAUCAUGGCUAUCAAUACAAAAAUGAUGAAGCUGUGGGAAACUACAAUCACCUUCUUCAGCUGCGCCUGCGCUUACAUACUAGGAUUGCCUAUGGCUACGGAGCUGGGUAUACACGUGGUAUAUUAUCUGGACUAUACGAUCGGUGGUUCGUGGUGGAUAAUGAUUCUAUACUUGGUGGAAGUCGGUGCUGUAUUCGCGGUACGUGGGCGUCCACACAGCGGUGAGGCGGUCGUCGCCGAAUUAUUUCCACCCACUGGCCGAUGUCUCAGGCACUGGGCCGGCCCCCUCUUGUCGUUUACCUGGAACGUCGUGCUGCCUGUUAUUCUUAUGGUACUUAGUAUCACGGUGUUCAAAAACGCCGGGUUUCGAGAGCUCUACUCUUAUCGGCGUACUACCAAAGAUUACUGGUCGGUCUGGGCAAGGCAGCUAGGAGCUGCUAUUCAGCUGAUACCGAUAUUAACGAUACCGGCAGUGGCUAUUAUACAAACCUGCCGCUAUUUAAACAACGGACCACCAGAUAUAUUCGACAACAAUCAAGUGGAAGUUAACGUAAAUCACUGCGAGCAGUGUAACGGAAGAAUUCAAUUGCUGUACCGGCCUUCCCUGGAGCCGGACGAUCCGCGAGAUGCUCAGACGCACAUAGGAAAUGACACGAGUACUAGUAUUCACGGUAAUGGUAUCGUACCGGCAACCACGGAAGUACCGUUUGAGGAUCCACCACCAAAGUAUACGCCGCCUCCGAGUUACACCACCGCGACGGGGGCAAGGAUCGCGAAAAUGUUGCGACAAAGUUUUCGGAGAAGCGUGAGACGAUUGGCAAACGUGCUUGGGGAGAGUAGCGUGCCCAGACAAAGGCCGGCGCUACAGCCUCCGCCUCCCGAUUACGCGACGGUCCUCGUCGAGAUGAAUCAGGGCAGGCAAACGCAAGAUGUUGCAAUUCACGUGACCGAUGGGAGGACCGAGGUCGGGGACGGUGGCAGUGCGGCCACUGUGAUCACUCGGAACAACGUACACGGAAGACAUAGGCCUAAUACGAUCGACAGAACAACGAGGAUCGCCGCAUCUACGGUUGGAUGCACCAUCGAGCGGACACACUCGACCUUCGAAAGGACUCGAACACGAACGUCCAACACCGGCUCGUCGAGCAGCUCGAAUCUAACCGCGAUUGAUGUCGCGAAUCUACUCCGAAGUAGCAUCAGAAGAGGGACUACGCGAACGCAACAGUCUCUGCGUAGAAGCUUCUGCCACGACGAGCCGACGGUUGCGGCCUCCGUCGAGAAUCUAGUCGAGGCCGCCGCACCGAUCGGCGAAGAAUCUUUAGUCCUUCCGAAGGACGUGUCUCUAGUCUCCUCCGACGAACAGAAUAAUGAUUAUAGCAACGAUAAAAAGACUGCCGUGGAAACGGACGAUUCCGUUUCUGUGAUAUAGACUGUGUCGCCUCUUCAGUUUUAUUCGAGGAAAAUAAAACCGACCACGGUUGCUCUCGAGAAGUCCUGUUACGCUGCGUCACACACCGAUUUCCCUUUUCAAAUCUUAUCGGAAUUUUGGUUCAUUAGUCAUGUCAAAUAGGAAUUUCGUUUCGCUAAUCUACGUAAGCUGUGUCACGAAAUACAAGGACAAAUUGUCGAUGAUGUCAUUGAUCACGCACGAUCGAGCGAGCUAUUGAUUUUAUCUCUUAGACUGAAUUCAGUAUUUCUUUUCAUCUUAAUCUUGUCGCGUUCAACAAAUAAUCGCAUAAUCUCGAUGCUCUAUUUAUCAGGGUGAUUUCGUUAUGCGUCAACGGAAGUCAGAUAGCGAUACAGAGCAAAAUGUUCGACGUACUAGUUUCGCGUUCAUGGCUGUAAGUUUCGGUGAUUUCGCACGAUCCCGAGAUCCAUUAACGUUCAACUCGCUUCGUACCAGUGUAUUUUACAACAAUUUCAGCAUUUAUUAUCGAGACUGUGCAGAUGAAACGUCGAUGUAAUAUACUACUGUAGUCUCCUAGUAGUUUUAUUCUAAUUAAUGUAUAUAGUUAUUUUAACGGAUCAUCUUACGAGAAAUUUGCUUGUUCAGCGUUUCGUUCAUUAACAUUAAUGACCGUUUUAUGUUGCAACUGUAUAGUCCGUCCAGCGUUUAUCGAAAACUACCAUAUUUCCGGCCAAUGCUCGUAAAUAUUAUGAUGUUCGUUUAUCAGAUGGUAAACAGAUAAAAUAUGUAUGCUAAACAGUAUACGGCAAUACUAAUAGACGAACUAAAAUUCGGCAACAAAAAGCGAUGUAAAAAAUGUAUGAUUGUUUACAGAAUUAUUUAGUUAUAGAGUGCCGCAAAUAUUCUAAUUACAUUUCGUAAGUGUAACUGCUAUACCUGAUAUUA